GGUUUUCAGAUCACCUUUAUUUUCCAUUCAUUCUUUUUGAGUUUGAACUUAAACAUCCCCAAACAUGGCCAUCUCAACAUGCCAAGGCUUGACGCGCUUAUGUAUGUUACCCUGUGCAAGCUAACAUGAAUAGGGCCAGAUUUCCUUCAUUUCUCUCACCGGCUUCCCCCCCUCCCCCAAGCCUCCGAAGCCACCCCGCAUGGCCACGGUUGUUUUCUUUGCCAUUCUUUGGGCCCUGUAGAUGGUUCCUCUCCUUUCUUCUCCCUUCACGCUCGGGAAUACUAUUUUCUCCUCUUUGUCAAAUCUGGGUUUUUAGGAAGAGAAAAAAAAAUGCUGAUCCUGAUGGCACUCCAAGGUAGACUGGGAAAGAGUGACGGGAUGAGAGGAAGGACGCCAUGCUCGGCUGGGAGGAGGAAGAGAGGAGGCCCAGACGUGGAGGGGUUUGGAAGCGGGACUCGCGGAAGCCCUCCAAGAACCCGCCGAUUUCGGGCAAAAGAGGAAGCAGGCGUCCAGCGUCUUCCGAAAGCCUCCGGUUCUUGUAGGUGGGGUUGUUCUCGAGUGUCUAAGAAAAUGAAUGCGGUAAAGUGGUUUGCAGAGAUGAUAGCUCUGUUGAUAGAAUGACUUCAAACUGGCAAAGCACUUUCCGUACACGCCAUUCCUCUUCCCAGGAGACGCUGCAGCGAGGCCUUCCUUUUAGGGAAAAGGGGGUGAAACUUGAAAUUAAGUGACUUGCCCACCAUGAUGUAGUUCAAGUGAGAUUUGAACCCAAGGCUUCUGAGGCUAGAGAAGACAUCCGAAAGUACUCGGGGCAGCUGGUGAUGAAUGAAUGAAGUAACAGGCAUCGAGCCCCCACUGGGCAAGGCACAAAUCCCGGGAGACAACUCCAAAAGCCUGUCCAGACUCGGCCCUCCAGGAGCUUCUGCUCAUCCUUCAGCAAACAUUUGUUAAGCCCCAAAAUCGAGGGCCGCCCACCCCGCGGGGGCAGAGGGAGACCCGACUGUAGGGGAUGGAGUUGGCUGAAACGUCCAGCGUGAGGGCCAGGCGGCGGGGCUGAGCGUGUCCCCAGAGCGCCGCCGAGCUGGCCCAUCCUGGCUGGUCACGUGUCAGUCACCCCGACUUCUCACCGCACUGAACGGUCGGCUAGUCCUGCCGAGCCUCGAAGCGCAUUUAAGGUUUGCAAAUACCGGAUGAAGCCACAACCGCUCAGAGAGCCCUCUGCGGUGCCCCGGAGUAUUGCAGAGCUCCCCAUAGGGGUCAGGUGAAAGGGAGCGGCAGCGUGUUUGGGAGGGCACGCAUCAGCCUGGGACGAAACUUAAAGGAAGAGAGGCCUGGCAGCCAGAACCGUGCGGUGCCCCCCGCUGCUUGGGAGGCCGGGGGGCCCUCUGGGUCCGAGUGUCCCUGCAUAAGGACAGAAGAGGGCGUGCGUAAAGUGGUGGGGCCAUGUCGAGAAUGGAGGCGAAGAAGAGCCUGAGCCCUCACUGGUAACUAGCAGUCUGGGGGUGCUGGCGUCAUAGGUUCAUGCCCAUGGAGUGCCCUUGUGCUGAUCUCAGAGUUGUGCAUCCCCAGAGUCCCCGCUGCCAACCUGCUCUCCAAGAGGUGUCCACCGCCUUCAGGACGUAGAGCGCCUGCGCGCUCCGGGCCCGCGGCAAUUCUCUCGCCUCCCCACAGCAGGGGGCAGCAGCUCGGCCGCCGCCGCGCUCCUGGGCGGAAGUUCCGCCCCCGCGCCGGUCGAGGCCGGAAACGGUCCAGGAGCAGAGGCGGUCCCGCCAGCCACAGCCAUGCCGGGGGAUCACCGGCGCAUCCGCGGGCCUGAAGAGUCGCAGCCACCCUCACUGUACGCGCCGGCGCCCGACGAGGACGAUGACGCAGCUGAAGAACGGGCGGGGGUGCCCCGGGACCCGGCUCGGCUGCGGCCGGUGUACGCGCGAGCGGGUUUGCUGAGCCAGGCCAAGGGCUCAGCCUACCUGGAGGCCGGCCGCACCAAGGUGCUGUGCGCCGUGUCCGGGCCGCGGCCCGUGGAGGGCGAGCGCGGGGCGGCGGCGGGCGGCGCGGGUGGCCGCCUGCUCUGCGACUUCCGCCGGGCGCCUUUCUCAGGCCCGCGGCGGCGGCGACCUGCCGGGGCGGCGGGCGCGGGCGGCGGCGGUGCUGGGGGCCCGGGCAGCGGGGCGGGGGGCGGCGCGGAGGAGCGCGAGCUGGCGCUGGCGCUGCAGGAAGCGCUCGAGCCGGCCGUGCGCCUGGGUCGCUACCCGCGCGCACAGCUGGAGCUGUCAGCGCUGCUGCUGGAGGACGGCGGUUCGGCCCUGGCCGCGGCUCUUACAGCCGCCUCGCUCGCGCUGGCGGACGCGGGCAUCGAGAUGUACGACUUAGUGGUGGGCUGCGCGCUAAGCCGCGGGCUCGAACCAGCCGCCGCCUGGCUGCUGGACCCCACGCGCCGCGAGGAGGAGCGCGCCGCCGCCCGCCUCACGGUGGCGCUCAUGCCGGUGCUAAACCAGGUGGCUGGUCUGCUGGGCAGCGGCGAGGCCAGCGCGGCCGACAGCUGGGCCGACGGUGUGCGUUUGGGCCUCGAGGGCUGUCAGCGGCUCUACCCCGUGCUGCAGCAGUGCCUGCUCAAGGCAGCCCGCCGUCGCGGUCGGGGAGCCACGGGAGCUACGGACCCUGAGACUUUGGCCACCGCGGCCACCAACGCGGACUCUGGGGUCUGAGCACGGGAGCCGGAGCCAGACCCACCACAACCAUCCUCCUCCGCCUCCGGACUGGGCACACUCACGGACUGGGACUUGGGGGUCGUGGGAAAAGACUGAGCACGGGGAAGGGACGAGAUUGCACCUGGGAUCCCUCACUGAGCCAUUUCUUUUUGUAUGUUCAUUAAAAGACCCUUUGAUACCUUC